UUCAAUCAAAACUCUAUACUUUUCAUCUUCCUCUUCUUUAAUUUUUUUUUUCAGAUUUCCCCUUUUGCUGCAAAACCCUAAUUUUACUUUGGAUAUUUCCUAAUCGUAGCUAAUUCAUCACCAUGGCCAAAAGCUCCUUCAAAUUGGAACACCCUCUUGAAAGGCGACAGGCUGAAGCUGCUCGUAUUAGGGAGAAGUACCCUGAUAGAAUUCCGGUUAUUGUGGAGAAGGCUGAAAGAAGUGACAUUCCUGACAUUGACAAGAAAAAGUACUUGGUUCCUGCUGAUCUAACUGUGGGGCAAUUUGUUUAUGUCGUACGUAAGAGAAUAAAGCUUAGUGCUGAAAGGGCUAUUUUUAUCUUUGUGAAAAAUAUCCUUCCUCCCACAGCUGCCAUGAUGUCCGCCAUUUAUGAGGAACACAAAGAUGAGGACGGCUUCCUGUACAUGACAUACAGUGGAGAGAAUACAUUUGGAACCUUCUAGAAUGCAGUCAAACAGCUCUCCCUGUGCAAAUAACUCUCUUACUAGAAAAAACUUGUAAAUUCGUUCCAUCUCGCGUUAUCUUUCUUCUAAAAGACGGAAUCUUCAGUCUGUUGCAUACUUGUUUUACUUUAGUUAACAUCGACUGGUUUCAUGUAUAUAUAUAUCUACUCUAUGAAGUAACUCAUUUUCCCUC